AAAGUUAGAAAAACCGUUGGCACCACAGACCCAGAAAAAGCUGUGUGUGUGUAUGUGUGUGUGCGUGCACCAUGCCAGUUUGUGUGGACAGUGUGAGCGCUGUCUUGAAUACAAAAGGACAUCUUCACAGGUUCAACACAGGCGCAUACUGGUGUUUGUGCUGGAUUCUACUUUCUCUUGCAACUCCCAGCCUCAGGUAUGAGGGCCUGCUUAGUUUUCCUUUGUUUACUGGCAGCAACACUUGCCCUCUCUGUUAAAAGUAAACCACACGGAAAACAUCAUGGAUUGCAUAAGACUUCACACACAGCCAAAGAAAAGGAUGUUAUCACAGAGGAGGCCAACAAACCACAGGUCUUACCCACUUUAGUCACAUUUGAGGCCAGCAGCCAGGAGCAGGAAGAUGAGGAGUUGAGCUCGGAGGGCAACGCCAACACUAACAAGGAGGACGGAGAGGCUGAGGCGACUGAAAGGAGAGAUAAAAGCACUGCAGUCCUGUUGAGUGAGGACGAGCUGGUGGAUCUCCUGAAGAAAGAGGCAGAGGAGGAAGAAGCGGAAGAAAGGGAGCUGGAGGAUGAAGAAGUGGAGGCAGACGAAGGCAAGGUGGAGUCCGGCGAGGCCGUGGAGAUCCAUGAGGAUGAGGAAGUGGAAGGGGAGGAGCAGAAGUUGGAAGACAACUUGGAAAUGCAGGAGGAUGGUAAAGAAGUGACAGAUGAGGGGGAGGCGAAGGAAGAGAGAAUGGAAGAUGAAGUAGAAGAAGAGGUGGAGAAGAUGCCCCAUGAGGACAAGGGGGAAGAGUCUGUUGGCAAAAUGGCCGACAGGGAGGAGCAAGUGGCGCCGCUGGAGGAAGCAGAUGGCAGCACAGAGUCAGAUAUCCCAGUCGAUCUUGACUACGCUGCUGACAGCGGAAUCUUACAGCCUCUGCAGAUAAUAUCAGACAAGCUAAAAGCUCACGCCGAUGACACCCAGCCUAUUUCAAAAACAGAUGUUAAAAAGAAAGAGGUCAGUGAGAAGGAACUGCCCACCAUAGAUGAAGACUACGAACAAAGCAUGCAAAACACUGAGGCAGCAGACAGCAAGGAGGCGUCUGAUCAGGAGGAGCUGCUAGAACGCAAAGACGACAAAGACUCGCAGGCUAAAUCUAAAGAGAAUCAGGACGUGGAGCCUCAAGAGCCGAAGAGCAGCAGGGAGCUCGAAUCAGGGUCCAGGGUGGCUGGGAAGGAGGAAGAGAAAAGUAAGAAUGACAGCGGAAGUCACACCAAGAGGAAGACAAGGAAGCAGAAGAAGAACCAAAGGUCAAGGAAGCACUCGCCACAGAGAGAGGAGACACAGUCUGGACAAGAACUGAGCCAACAGGAUCCUCAGGAGUCUGAGAGCAGCAGCACUGACAAUACAGUGCACAAGGCAAAGAGGAGAAGGGCAGGAAAAUGGGGUCCUUUGGUGGGAAUGAAUCCAGUGCAGAUAAGAGCCUCGGUGGAUCUCUACCCCAGUUCCAGGCCCUCUCUUGGUGGAGGCACACAUCACCCAGAAGCCCCUGCUGAUCCAUGUGACAAUUUCCGCUGCAAACGCGGAAAGACGUGUAAACUCGACGCAGACAAUAAGCCAGGCUGCGUGUGUCAAGAACCAUCAGAGUGUCCUCCCAGUGUGAACGAGUUUGAUCAUGUUUGUGGGACAGACAACACAACAUAUGAUACAUCGUGCGUGCUCUUUGCCACUAAAUGCAACCUGGAGGGCACCAAGAAAGGGCACAGACUUCAUCUGGACUACACUGGGCCAUGCAAAUUAAUACCUCCAUGUGUGGACACUGAGCUGGUCCAGUUCCCUCUGCGAAUGAGAGAUUGGCUGAAAAAUGUGCUGCUGCAGCUGUAUGAGCAUGACUCCAUGUCCCCCGGCUUCCUCACUCCUAAACAGCGUUUCAGAGUGAAGAAAAUCUUUGAGAGCGAGAGGCGCCUUCAUGCCGGUGAUCACUCCGUUGAGCUUCUUGCACAGGACUUUGAAAAGAACUACAACAUGUACAUCUACCCGGUGCACUGGCAGUUUGCUCAACUGGACCAACACCCCUCUGACAGACUCUUGUCCCACUCAGAACUGGCCCCACUCAGGGUCCCUCUGGUACCAAUGGAGCACUGCACCUCCCGCUUCUUCCAGGAGUGUGACGCCGACAAGGACAAGCAGGUGUCCUUUAAAGAGUGGACCUCCUGUUUUGGAAUCAAGAACGAGGAUAUGGACGUCAACCUUCUUUUUUGAGCUUUACUUUGCACCUCAUCUACGGCACGAGCUUGUGGAAGCUGCUCCGACAGCACAGCUUGAGACAGAGGCCUCUGUGAACCAUUUGGCUCCUGUUGUAUCGUCAGGUCAAAAUGUUACAUGACACUGACGAGUACAGAUGAAAAGAUAAUAAUAAUUACCUCCUGCUAUAUAAAGGACAAGUGUUGGUGGUCAUUGCUGUCAUUUUGUGUCAGGCUAAGCUUGGACAUCUGGAUCUUUGUUCUGUAAUUUAGACUAAGCAGCUAGAAUUGUUUUGGUAGAAUAGAGUCAUGUUUAACUGGUUUUAUCCAAAAACCUGUUUUCUAAUGCAUUCCAAACUGGGAGAAAGUUUACAACAGCUCAUUAGUAGAAAAGGCAUAGUACAAUAUACAGUACAAGGCCUCAAAAAACUGUAUGUCAGAGUGAUUUAGUGCAGAAUUACUCUUUAAAUCAAUGUUAAGUAGAUAGUUUCAGAACCUUGUGUCUUAUCCUUGUCCUUUAACAUCCUGGGACCAUGUUAGAAACAAGUGUUUUUCACUUUAACAUGUCAUCACUUGGAUUUUUGUUUGUGUCUGAUAAUCUAAACAGAAAAUCAAUCAAUCAAUAGUAAAUGUAAAUCAAUAACUGUGUUUCUUGAUUUGGUAGAAAAUGCUGUAAAUGUGUGUCUCUGCAUCUCAUCUUUCAUUGUAGCUCUAAUUAAAGCUUUAUGGACGGCAAUGAUCUUCACAAUAUUCACCCUGUUGUUAAUGGUGACUUGUGUUUCUUUGCAGUCCUGAAAUAAAGUUAUUUCGUCAUAAAGGUG